AUGAAAGAUAUUUAUUUAAUAAAUAAGAUAUAAAUUACAAAAUAGCCUUUUAAAAAAUAGCAAAUAUAGCCAACAAAAAUUACUUAAAGUAGUUAAAGCAUUUUGAAAAGUGUUAAAAUGGAAGAGUAGAUAAAACCAAUUUUUGAAGGAAUGCUAAAUUUCAACUUGAUGUUCACAGAUGAUAUUUUUUCAUCACAAGAUAAGCUGAAAGAAGUCUUAGAUGAUAUCAAUAACAAAUUAGUUAGAUUAUAAGAGUCAGGUGAUUUGGAUAGAGAUAAAGAAAUUAAUGAAUACAUUGAGAAGAUAUCACUUCAUAAAAAGAGAUUGGAAACCUUGAAUAAAAGCUUGAUGAAUAUAUAAACAAGGGUUGAUAAAAUAGAAUAAAGAUAUAUUUUGUAUAAAAAAAAUAAUAAAAUUUGA